AUGGCGGCGGGCGCGGCGCCUGCGUGGCGGGCUCGGUCCCGCGCUGCGGAGGGGCCUCGGCCCCGCCGCGUCCGUCCCGUAGAGAACGGCGCCUCGGCUGGAGCCGCCCGUGCAGCCGGUCCUGGGAAGCCCGGCCCGGAACCCACCGCGCCCCGACUCCACUCUGACCUCGCCUCGGCGCCACUGCGCAUCUCCCAGAUUUGUCAGAAUUAUUCCAUCGAGAUAGAAGCCACUGUCAACCACCUGGUCAACCUGCAUCUGUGGGCCUCCUACACCUACCUCUCUCUGGGCUUCUAUUUCGACCGCGAUGAAGCGCCUCUGGAGGGCAUAGGCCACUUUUUCUGCAAAUUGGCCAAGGAGAAGUGCGAGGGCAUAGAGCGUGUCUUGAAAAUGCAAAACCAGUGCGGCUGCCUCGCCCUCUUCCAGGACGUGCAGAAGCCAUCUCGAGAGGAGUGGGGUAACACCCAGGGGGCUAUGGAAGCCACCAUUCUCAUGGAGAACCCAAACCAGGCCCUUUUGGAUCUACAUGCCCUGGGUCCCACCCGCGCAGAUCUCCACCUCUGCGACUUCCUGGAGAGCCACUUCCUAGGUAAGCAGGUGAAACUCGUCAAGAAGGUGGGCGACCACCUGACUAACCUCCACAGGCUGGCUGGUCCCCAGGCUGGGCUAAGCCAGUACUCUUCCAAAGGUUCAGACUCAAGCAGCACUAGGAGGCUCUGGAGCCCAGCGGCCUUUGAGGAGCUCCUCUCUCUGCAGCCACUGGGCAGCUUGUUCACCGCCCUGGAGCCCUCUCCCAAGUCUUGGACCAAAGGGAAACAGUAA